CGGCCGCUCCGCUUCCGGUUCAGCACCCGUUCAUUUCCGGUUCCGCUUCCGGGUGCGCGGCAGCACCGGGCCGGGCUCCGGGGCCCGUCCGGCGGCGCCGCCAUGGCCGCCACGGCCGGGAGCCGCACGCAGAAGAUCGGGAGCGUGUACAGCCGGGCGCGGAACCUGGUGCGCAUCGGGCUGCUGCGGAAGCCGCUGUGGCUGGACGUGUACGCCGCGUUCCCGCCGCUGCGGGAGCCCGUGUUCCGCGUGCCGCGGCCGCGCUACGGGAGCGGGGACCCCAUCGGCGCCGUGCUCUACCGGGAGGACACCGUGCGGGCGAGGUUUUACAAAGUUUAUGGCAAUGGCCCCAGACCUUUCGACCUGACUCAGUUAAACUUCAAAUCCACCUGCCAGAGGUUCGUUGAGAAAUACAAUGAACUGAAGGAAGAGGGGAAAAUUGAAGAGGAGAAAUUGUUUGAAGAAACAGGAAAAGCCCUUUUAGCCAGUGGGAUCCUUUUACAGAGAAGAGGAGUAGACAAGGGUGCUGCAGCCAGGGAUGCUGCCUUGCAGCCCCAGCUGCAGGAGAAGAGGAAGGACGGGGAGGAGCAGCCACCAGAGCUGGCAGGGACACAGAAGGAGAAUCCCUGUCCCUCCUGACAGCCCUGUCACCUGCCAGGAGCCACCUCCAGCCCUCCUGGGGGACAUUGCCCUGAGGAGCAGGGCCCUGGUGCCCUCCAGGCUCGUCCAUGACACAUGCUCCCCGUUGAUAAAGUCACAGAAAAUCUUAUUUUUUUUAGUAUUCACAACUGUUUUCUCAAAUCAAGUUGGAAAAUACCGAGUGUAAAAGUGGAAAAUUAAAACAUUCUCUUUAAAAAGUGGAAGUUCUGCCUGUUCAGGUGUCUGGUGUGCAGCAGUGAAGAUGUUUCCUGCUGGGGGAUGCAGAUCCUGUUUGAUGUGUUCCAGCAGCUGUCUGAAGUGCCAUCUUUUUAUAGCUGAUUGAGGAAAGCUGCUAAUUAUAGAAGUGCCAUCAUGUGCUCUUCCCAUCCCACCAUUUCCUUAGAUUCAGAGCAGGAUGAGGGGUGGCACUACCAGAAAAGUGGGAGCUUUGCAGUUUUUAGUGGCUCCUGAUGAAAUUGGCCACCUUGGAAGUGUGAAAAUGGGAUGUUCCAGCUGUUUGCUGAGAGAAAGGUGAUGCUGCUUGGGAAGAGUCACUGGAGACCUGGCAGGGACAAAAAUAACCAACCUUCCUGGGACUGGGAGGGAGCUCUGCCCCUGCCUGCACAUCCAGGGCCUGGCUGAUCUCUCAUUAAACAUUUGGCUCGGGCUCUGUGAAAAACAAA